GCCAGCGGGAGGAAAACAAAACCCUGGACUCUGAUCCAUGCCUGUUUCCCGGGGAGUGGCCGGGGCAAUUGUCUGUCUCCUAACGCGCGGGACCGUCGGGAAGCUGCAGCAUCAUGAUGGCCAACAAACCCCGGAGCAGCGAGGCGCUGAAGGUGGUGGCCCGCUGCCGCCCCAUGAACAGGAAGGAGGAGGCAGCAGGGUAUGAGAGGAUCUUGGAGAUGGACGUGAAACUGGGUCAAGUGACCAUCCGCAACCCCAGGGCCUCGCCGGGGGAGCUGCCCAAAACGUUCACCUUCGACGCUGUCUACGACGCCAGCUCCAAACAGGCGGACCUGUACGACGAAACGGUCCGGCCGCUCAUAGACUCUGUGCUGCAGGGGUUCAACGGGACCAUCUUUGCCUACGGCCAGACAGGGACUGGUAAGACGUACACUAUGCAAGGGGCCUGGGCCGAGCCGGAAAAGAGGGGCAUCAUUCCCAUUUCCUUCGAGCACAUCUUCACCCACAUCUCCCGGUCACAGAACCAGCAGUACCUUGUGAGGGCCUCGUACUUGGAGAUCUACCAGGAGGAGAUCAGAGACCUCCUAGCGAAGGACCAGAGCAAGAAGCUGGAGUUGAAGGAGAACCCCGAAACGGGGGUUUACAUCAAGGACCUCUCCUCCUUCGUGACGAAAAACGUCAAAGAGAUCGAGCACGUCAUGAACCUGGGGAGCCAGACCCGGUCAGUGGGCAGCACCAACAUGAACGAGUACAGCUCCCGCUCCCACGCCAUCUUCCUCAUCACCAUCGAGUGCAGUGAGACGGGGCUGGAUGGUGAGGAGCACAUCCGGGUGGGCAAGCUCAACCUGGUGGACCUUGCUGGCAGCGAGCGCCAGAGCAAAAUGGGUGCCCACGGAGAGCGCCCCAAGGAAGCGUCCAAGAUUAACCUCUCCCUCUCUGCCCUGGGCAAUGUCAUCUCAGCUCUAGUCGAUGGCAAAAGCACACACAUCCCCUACAGAGACUCCAAGCUGACCCGUCUGCUGCAGGACUCCCUGGGGGGCAACGCCAAGACAAUCAUGGUGGCCACCUUGGGCCCAGCCUCUCACAGCUACGAUGAGAGCCUCUCUACCCUCAGGUUUGCCAACAGGGCCAAGAACAUCAAGAACAAGCCCCGGGUGAAUGAGGACCCCAAGGACACGUUGCUACGGGAGUUUCAGGAAGAGAUUGUCCGGCUGAAAGCCCAGCUGGAGAAACGAGGCAUGCUGGGGAAGAAGAGGCGAAGGAGCAGCCGGAGGAAGAAAGCAAUGGAUGGAGAAAGUGCCAUGGAGAACGAAGGGGAGGAUGACAAUGAGGACGGCCUGGAGAAGAACAUGGAGAAUUACUUGAAGGAGCAAAAGGAGAGGCUGGAAGAGGAGAAGGCAGCUAUUCAGGAUGACCACAGCCUGGUGAGCGAGGAGAAGCAGAAGCUGCUGGAGGAAAAGGAGAAGAUGAUAGAGGACCUGCGGAAGGAGCAGGAGGCCACGGAGCUACUGGCCACCAAGUACAAGGCCAUGGAGAGCAAACUGCUCAUCGGUGGCAGGAACAUCAUGGACCACACCAACGAGCAGCAGAAGAUGCUGGAGCUGAAGCGGCAGGAGAUAGCUGAGCAGAAACGCCGGGAGAGGGAGAUGCAGCAGGAGAUGUUGCUGCGGGAUGAGGAAACCAUGGAGCUGAGGGAGACUUACACAUCUCUGCAGCAGGAGGUGGAGAUCAAAACCAAAAAGCUGAAGAAGCUGUAUGCCAAGCUGCAGGCUGUAAAGGCAGAGAUUCAGGAUCAGCACGACGAGUACAUCCGAGUCCGUCAGGACCUGGAGGAGGCACAAAACGAGCAGACGCGGGAGCUGAAACUCAAGUACUUGAUCAUUGAGAAUUUUAUCCCACCGGAAGAGAAGAAUAAAAUCAUGAAUCGCCUGUACUUUGACUGUGAAGAGGACCAGUGGAAGUUCCAGCCGCUUGUGCCUGCUGGAGGAAACAGCAGCCAAAUGAAGAAGAGGCCUACCUCUGCAGUGGGCUACAAGAGACCCAUUAGCCAAUAUGCCCGUGUGGCCAUGGCUAUGGGAUCUCAUCCUAGGUACCGGGCUGAGAACAUCAUGUUCUUGGAGCUGGACCUCUCCCCUCCAGCCGUGUUUGAGUUUGAACGGACCAGGGACCCGGCUGAGCAGGACCCACGAGCUCUCCACCUGGAGAGGCUGAUGCACCUGGACAGCAUCCUAGAACGGCCAGCAGCCUCCAGGGUGAGGAAGUCUAGGUCCUGGUGCCAGACCCCACGGUCACUGCCAUCCUCAACCACGCAUGUUUCCCUCACCUCCAGUUCCCCGCGCACCUCCACGAUGCCAGCUCAGGAGUGACAUCCUGGACCCCCUUGUCCCUGACACCUUCACACAACAAAGACUGUGCCCCGUGGACGGCUGCCUUCCAGCACGAGGGGCCAAGGAAGGGGCCCCAGCUGGCCGCAUCUCCAUCAGUCCCAGUUCGUCUUUGUCUUCAGCUACUUUGUGUGCGCGUGUGUUUGUGUGAGACAUUCAUAAGCAGCUCCCAGCGGGAUGAGAGCUGCCCCCUCUUUCCUUCUCACCCCCCACCCCCCUAAUCUGGAUCUGUCACUUUAUUUAUUUAAUGUAUUUAUUUAUGGAGUGGUUGAUGAUGCAGAGUCAGGAGGCGCAUUCAGACUGCAGGACAUCCAAGGCUAGCAGUGCGCACCAUGCAGAUGACUUCUCUGGUAGUCUCAGCUCCCGCCUCUCCCCACAACACUGUUGCAACAACCGUGCAAGACCGGAACCUGUACCAGGAAUGCAGCUGGAGUGGGUGCGAGCUGCGUUUCCUUUGUGCCACCGAUGUACUGCCCACCUCUAAUGUACAGUUGUAUUCCUCAGAGCAGAUGAGAGAGAGCAAGCUCCCUCACUCUGAUGGCUUUGGCACAAGAUGAGACAACUCAGAACUCUCCAUGCUACCGUUUGCUUUGCUGGAUCCCACCCGAAUUUCCGGGUUUAUGCACCCGGUCAUGGCAACUUCUACAGGAAUUUGGAGACUUUCUCGUGGUAGAAUCUUAAGUUGGGCUUGUUAAAGACCAAGAGAGACUCUCCAUGCUGCAUCAACAGUGGUGGCAGCAAUGACAUCUCACUGACUUCUGGGCAUGACUGUCACUCUGUGAAUGCCAGCUCAAUCCACAAAGAGGGGUUGCAAAUUAACCAAACAAAGUCAGUCUCAAUACUCCUGGGACUUUGUUCAUCUGUGCCACCUUCUGGAGAUGGCCGGUCCUGCCCUGUUAGGUUGUCUGACAUCCAAUUUGCUUCAGUCCUUGACUAAGUGGGUGUAUAACUCGUUAGAGCAAGAACAGCAGAUGGAAAUCUCCAUCCCAGUCCACCGACCCCUCCCAAAGAAACACAGAGCUUGGGGAGCAACAUUAUCAAACUAAGUGAAACCAGAGAGGACAUUGUCCACCAUCCUGGCAACUAAAGGCAGUGAAGAAAUGCAGGGCAAAUUGGUGAUGCCAGGAGAAGUGGCUCUCCUCUGGGCUGGGUAAUAUUACACAGCAUUCAUGUGAUAGUCUGGAGAACAUUUCUGGCCACUGCAUGGGCUGCGGAGGGGGAGAUAAUGGAUAUGAAAUGGAUAAUGCAUAAGAGAGGGACAAGCAAGAGAUGGAUGAAAAAGGGGCAAGCAAUAAAGAACCUGUCUGGCACAAAGCAGAGAAAUUUAAAACCCAUCUCUGAAAGUGCCAGGCCAGCAACUUGGGCAUAGGAAGCUACAGUCUACCUGGGAUGGCUUUCAGGUGUGUGGCGAUGGGGGUGAUCAAGUUGUUUUACAGAAUGCCAAUGAAUGAGAGAGUGACUCACCUGGUUCAUGCGGGAAGAUAUGGGUCUUGAAAUGGAUAUAUUCUGAAGCUGGUCACUGGGGAGGCAAAAGUGAAAAGAGUAUAGGUAGGAACACUGUUUUCUAGAGAUCAAGAGAAUUUCCCUUUGAGGACUGUUCAUGACUCAUCCUGAUGCCUCCUGCACUUAGGACCUCUUCCAGGCCCUGUGGGAGGGAGGGAGAGGAAUGAGGCAGUGAAGUGGACAGGAGAUAUCAGUUGCAUCUACUUUAAAGCAGUGAUAGUCCUACCUAAAAACGUCCCAGCAGCACUCUCCAUGUGGCUGGGCUGUGGGGUGAACAGACCUUCAAGCUGUUCUGACACGUUCCCUGCUCUACUGUUCCUCUUUCUUCUGUAACAUCAUCCUGCCUUGCAUUCUUGAUCUUUGCCCUGUGCUACCAUCUUCCCUUCCCUGCCUAUAUCCCAUAACACCUUCUGCCUCUCUGAAAUCUUUGUCCUUCUUCUCUCCUAUUCCAGAGGGAAGUAACUGAGUUGAGGAUUAUUUUGAGAAGCUGUAGGCUGCUCCCUCCUCCUAGGACUGAACUUAUUCCCUCAAGCAGCAGCUGGGUCUGUUCCUUCCAUCCACAAGACCUGCUCAAAGUUCAGAGAAGCCUAGUCCCAGGCACUGUAGCUAUGGAGAGCAAAGGCCCAUCCUUGCAAAGCCCCCUGCUAUUUAAAAGAACCCAUCAUGUGGUAGGAUGUUGAAUUGUCUCAUGGGUUUCCAUCCGAACACAAGCUUGCCUUGAAAUCCUAUAUGUGGACAGGGAAUCAAAGAGCGAACGUAGGUUCUGUCGGAGUGAGGCUGCACGGUGGUGGAGGGAAGGGAGUCACCGUGAAGGAAGAGUGCCCAAGCCUCCUCAGCACAGGAUAUGGCCGUGGAACUGGCCUGUCCCACCAUCCUCUUUCACAGAUGGAGGAGAAGGGUGUACAAGGAAGGGAGUUUUAGGAGCGGAAGACUGUUGUCUUUCACAGAUUAUGGUGUGUUCUUUAUGUCCACAAACGCCACCAAUACCCAGUGUACUGUCCAUAUACAUCACAUGAAGCAUAUUGGCUCUGGAACUUAUGAAACCCAUUGGACCAAAGAGACCCACUUCUUUCUCUCUUUCAUUUUCAGGCUAUCCUCUGGGAGUAAGGGUCAGAAAGUAUAGACCUAAGGAAGGGAAGAAAUUGUCUACAGGGCAGCCUGCAGAAAUAUUCUUCUUCCUUUCUUUCUUGGUUUUGCAGUUUCCCAUGUUCACCUUCAGCCAGAUACACAGCUAGCUAAGGCCUGACAUGGUGAACAGGUGACAGAUUCUCAUUUACCACCAUUCUCUGUCCGGAGCACAGGAGAUAAAGCUCAAGAGAAGAUAGUUUCCUCUCGUUCCCCCUUGCUUAUCCCAGGCCAUGGUACGUCUCCCACAGCACCCAGUCUCCAGAGGGACUUUCCUGUGCCACGGCAAAGGACACAGUUCCGACAGACUGUGGCCACAAUGGGAUCCACAUGGAAACCCUCCCAGCUGUGUCAGUCAUCCCACCGGACACACCUCCCGGCUGGUGACAGGCAUCAGAGAUUUGACACAGACUGUGGGUGUUAGGAUGCAUCACUUGCCCUGCUCUGAAUUUGGCUUUUGGGGCUUUUAUGUUCUAGGAAGGCCCCACAGCUAGAUGUCCCCUGUUGAUGGUGUUAAGACAGGCAUGUGUGGCUGUGUGCAUGCAUGUGAUGAGUAUCUGUGUGCAGAGAACAGGGGUGAGUUGCUUUCAAUGUCCAAGUGCUGCUUUCGACGCCUCUGCUGUGUGUAGGUCUGAAAAAUCUCAUGUGCGCUCUCUUUCUCUACCCGCUGCUGCCAAAAACCUCACAAUCUUCUCAGCACAAAACCCAAGGAAGGUUGUAAAUAUAUAGUGAUUAUUUAAGAUGAGAAGCAACAAGCUAGCACUGGUGUCUUCCCUCUGCCUUGGUACAACAGGCUGGGUCACUCCACAGCCUCACUGCAUUGCUGCAACAAACUCAGAUGUAUAUUUGUAAUGUUCUUUGUUCUUUGUAUGUUGGUGUGUAUGUAUUUACAUAUGAAUGUAUGUGGGUGGGUGUGUGGGUGCGAGCUUGGGUAUGUAGCCGGGGAUCUAUUUACCUUCAAUGUGAGUGACUGUACAGGGGGGCAAAUUCCAGAGGGGGUUGGUGGGCUGGGUUUGGGCUUUUUUUUGUUUGUUUAUUUAGUGGGGUUUUUUUGUUUGUUUGUUUCAGAUUUGGAUUUUUUUUUUUGCAGGGCGUGGGUUUGGGUCUGUUUUGGAUUGAUUGACAAGGUGAGGGCCUUGAUUAGGACCAAAUUUUCGUGCCUGUUGCUAUGGUGAUUUAUUUAGAAAUCAAAAGUUUACUGUAUGGUGGCCCAUCCUUGUCACUCUAUACAUAUAAUAUACAGGACAUAUUAUAAAUAUAUAUAUAUUAUACAUACUGUAUGGAGAGAGGUCAUUAAUCUCACACCCCCUCCCCCCCCGGCUUUGGAUGGACACCUCUUCAAUAUUCUGUAAUGUAGCUUUGACUCCGUGCUGGAAACGAACAGAAAGUGCCAGCACCCUUCAAAAAGCGGCAAUGACAACAAUAAAGGAAUGAGCA